CGCCCGGCCUGCACUGCGGUGUUUCCCGCGCGGGCUACCCCAGUUCCCGGGUGUACGGCGCGGCCUUUUGUACAGCCGCCGGCGCCGUCGCCGUCAUGGGUUUCCUGAAACUGAUUGAGAUCGAGAACUUUAAGUCGUACAAGGGUCGGCAGAUUAUCGGACCAUUUCAGAGGUUCACCGCCAUCAUUGGACCCAAUGGCUCUGGUAAGUCAAAUCUCAUGGAUGCAAUCAGCUUCGUGUUGGGUGAGAAAACCAGCAACCUGCGAGUAAAGACCCUGAGGGACCUGAUCCAUGGAGCUCCUGUGGGCAAGCCAGCUGCCAACCGGGCCUUUGUCAGCAUGGUCUACUCUGAGGAGGGUGCUGAGGACCGCACCUUUGCCCGUGUCAUUGUUGGAGGUUCCUCUGAGUACAAGAUCAACAACAAAGUGGUCCAGCUACAUGAAUACAGUGAGGAAUUAGAGAAGUUAGGCAUUCUCAUCAAAGCUCGUAACUUCCUCGUCUUCCAGGGUGCUGUGGAAUCUAUUGCCAUGAAGAACCCCAAAGAGAGGACAGCUCUAUUUGAAGAGAUCAGUCGCUCUGGGGAACUGGCCCAGGAAUAUGACAAGCGAAAGAAGGAAAUGGUGAAGGCUGAAGAGGACACACAGUUUAAUUACCAUCGCAAAAAAAACAUUGCGGCUGAACGCAAGGAGGCCAAACAGGAGAAAGAAGAGGCUGACCGUUACCAGCGCCUGAAGGAUGAGGUGGUGCGAGCUCAGGUGCAGCUGCAGCUCUUUAAGCUUUAUCACAACGAAGUGGAAAUUGAGAAGCUCAAUAAGGAACUGGCCUCUAAGAACAAGGAGAUCGAGAAGGACAAGAAGCGAAUGGACAAGGUAGAGGAUGAGCUGAAGGAGAAGAAGAAGGAGCUGGGCAAAAUGAUGCGGGAGCAGCAGCAGAUUGAGAAGGAGAUCAAGGAGAAGGACUCAGAGUUGAACCAGAAGCGGCCUCAGUACAUAAAAGCCAAGGAGAAUACCUCCCAUAAAAUCAAGAAGCUGGAAGCAGCCAAGAAGUCCCUACAGAAUGCUCAGAAGCAUUAUAAGAAGCGUAAAGGUGACAUGGAUGAGCUGGAAAAGGAAAUGCUGUCAGUAGAGAAAGCCCGGCAGGAGUUUGAGGAACGGAUGGAAGAGGAGAGUCAGAGUCAGGGCAGAGACUUGACCUUGGAGGAGAAUCAGGUGAAGAAAUACCACCGGUUGAAAGAAGAAGCCAGCAAGAGAGCAGCUACCUUGGCCCAGGAGCUGGAGAAGUUCAAUAGAGAUCAGAAAGCUGACCAGGACCGGCUGGAUCUGGAAGAGCGGAAGAAAGUAGAGACAGAGGCCAAGAUCAAACAAAAGCUGCGGGAGAUUGAAGAGAAUCAGAAACGGAUUGAGAAACUAGAGGAAUACAUCACCACUAGCAAGCAGUCCCUAGAGGAGCAGAAGAAGUUGGAGGGGGAGCUGACAGAGGAGGUGGAGAUGGCCAAGCGGCGUAUUGAUGAGAUCAAUAAAGAGCUGAACCAGGUGAUGGAACAGCUGGGGGAUGCCCGUAUCGACCGACAGGAGAGCAGCCGCCAACAGCGAAAGGCAGAGAUUAUGGAAAGCAUCAAGCGCCUAUACCCUGGCUCUGUGUAUGGCCGCCUCAUUGACCUCUGUCAGCCCACACAGAAGAAGUAUCAGAUUGCUGUAACCAAAGUUUUGGGCAAGAACAUGGAUGCCAUUAUCGUGGACUCUGAGAAGACAGGCCGGGACUGUAUUCAGUACAUCAAGGAACAGCGUGGGGAGCCUGAGACCUUCUUGCCUCUUGACUACCUGGAGGUGAAACCUACAGAUGAGAAGCUCCGGGAACUGAAGGGGGCCAAGCUGGUGAUUGAUGUGAUUCGCUAUGAGCCACCCCACAUCAAAAAGGCCCUGCAGUAUGCUUGUGGCAAUGCCCUCGUCUGUGACAAUGUGGAGGAUGCUCGCCGCAUUGCCUUUGGAGGCCACCAGCGUCACAAGACAGUGGCACUGGAUGGGACCCUGUUCCAGAAGUCAGGGGUGAUCUCUGGUGGGGCCAGUGACUUGAAGGCCAAGGCUCGGCGCUGGGAUGAGAAAGCAGUAGAUAAAUUGAAAGAGAAGAAGGAGCGGUUGACAGAGGAGCUGAAAGAGCAGAUGAAGGCAAAGCGGAAAGAGGCAGAGCUACGUCAGGUGCAGUCUCAGGCUCAUGGACUGCAGAUGCGGCUCAAGUACUCUCAGAGUGACCUGGAACAGACCAAGACACGACAUCUAGCCCUGAAUCUACAGGAAAAGUCCAAACUGGAGAGUGAGCUAGCCAACUUUGGGCCUCGCAUUAAUGAUAUCAAGAGGAUCAUCCAGAGCCGAGAGAGGGAAAUGAAAGACUUGAAGGAGAAGAUGAACCAGGUAGAGGAUGAGGUGUUUGAAGAGUUUUGUCGGGAGAUCGGUGUGCGCAACAUCCGGGAGUUCGAGGAAGAGAAGGUGAAGCGUCAGAAUGAAAUUGCCAAGAAGCGUUUGGAGUUUGAGAAUCAGAAGACUCGCUUGGGCAUCCAGUUGGAUUUUGAAAAGAACCAACUGAAAGAGGACCAGGAUAAAGUACACAUGUGGGAGCAGACAGUGAAAAAGGAUGAAAAUGAGAUAGAAAAGCUCAAGAAGGAGGAGCAAAGACACAUGAAGAUCAUAGAUGAGACCAUGGCCCAGUUACAAGACCUGAAGAAUCAGCACCUGGCCAAGAAGUCGGAGGUGAAUGACAAGAAUCAUGAGAUGGAGGAGAUUCGUAAGAAACUGGGGGGCGCCAACAAGGAAAUGACCCAUUUACAGAAGGAGGUAACAGCCAUUGAGACCAAGCUGGAACAGAAACGCAGUGACCGCCACAAUCUGCUGCAGGCUUGCAAGAUGCAGGAUAUCAAGUUGCCGCUGUCUAAGGGCACCAUGGAUGACAUUAGUCAGGAAGAGGGUAGCUCCCAGGGGGAGGAUUCAGUGAGUGGUUCCCAGCGAACUUCCAGCAUCUAUGCACGAGAGGCCCUGAUCGAGAUUGACUACGGUGACCUUUGUGAAGACCUGAAGGAUGCCCAGGCUGAGGAGGAGAUCAAACAGGAGAUGAAUACACUGCAGCAGAAGCUGAAUGAGCAGCAAAGUGUACUCCAGCGUAUUGCUGCGCCUAACAUGAAAGCCAUGGAGAAGCUGGAGAGUGUCCGAGACAAGUUCCAGGAGACCUCAGAUGAGUUUGAGGCAGCCCGAAAGCGAGCCAAGAAAGCCAAGCAGGCAUUCGAACAGAUCAAGAAGGAGCGCUUUGACCGCUUCAAUGCUUGUUUUGAAUCUGUGGCCACCAACAUCGAUGAGAUCUACAAGGCCCUAUCCCGCAACAGCAGUGCCCAGGCAUUCCUGGGCCCCGAGAACCCUGAGGAGCCCUACCUGGAUGGCAUCAACUACAACUGUGUGGCUCCUGGCAAACGCUUCCGGCCUAUGGACAACUUGUCAGGGGGGGAGAAAACAGUGGCGGCUCUGGCCUUGCUCUUUGCCAUCCACAGCUACAAGCCAGCCCCCUUCUUCGUCCUGGAUGAGAUCGAUGCUGCCCUGGAUAACACCAACAUUGGCAAGGUGGCAAAUUACAUCAAGGAGCAGUCGACUUGCAACUUCCAGGCCAUCGUCAUCUCUCUCAAGGAGGAGUUCUACACCAAGGCUGAGAGCCUCAUUGGAGUCUACCCCGAGCAAGGGGACUGUGUGAUCAGCAAAGUCCUGACCUUCGACCUCACCAAGUACCCAGAUGCCAACCCCAACCCCAAUGAGCAGUAGCAGUAGUUCUGCCCUCCUGCCCUGUCUGGAUCCCUAAGCUGCCCCUCUCCCAAUCUCUGGAUAUUUGGCUCCCAACCUUCCCCUAUCUCCCGUCCCUGUUUGGUAUAGUUAUGGGAUUUAGGCACUGCUGUCAAGCAUGAAGAGGAACAGAGGUGAUGUUAGGUCUGGAGCAAAAAUUCCUGAGCUUCAGGGAGCAUCCUGGCCUUUGGAAGGAGGUGCUGAGCUGAACUGAGCUGAACAGGGCCAUCUGUCCAUUCCUUACCUUCCUCUCUCCUAGACCUCCCUCCCUCCCAUCACCCAUAAUCAUGGGUCCCUUGGGCCCCUUGCAUCCUGCUUGUGUGUGGGUGUGUAUGUGUGUAUAUAUGUGUCCGCGUGUGUGCAUAUGGGCGUGCUUGCAAAAUAAUAAAGAUAUUGGAGACCCAUUUUAGAAGGAGCCUAGGCUGAAUUUGAUUCCAAGAGAGCUUAGUAUGACAGCACCCCAGAGCUGGGCAAAGGUAUUCAGGACCUCAUAGGAAUCAGUCACGUGAAGUUGCCCUCAUUCACUCAUUUGUGUUCUCAUUCAUUUGUGUAUUCGUCAGACAUAUAUUGAGCACCUUCUGUUUGUCAGGCUCUAUUCUAGAAAUACAGAGCUAGAUCAGAUAUGAUCUCUACCUUCCUACCGAGGAGAUGCAGUGGGUUCAUGGUUUCCCAUGGUCAGCUGAAUCAUAUUUAUAGGUACUUUGAAUUUGAGAAGAAGAUGAUCACCUCCAGGCUUCCUGGAGAAGGUCACAUUUGAGCUGAACCUUGACAAAUUGGUAGGAUUUGGUUGGGCACUAGGAGCAGAGCCUGGGCUCUGGGGACAGACAUUUGUGGGUUCUAGUCCUUUUUUUAAAAUCACUUACUAGUUUGAUGUUGGGCAAGUCAUUUGACCUUUCUGUGCCUCAGUUUCCUCAUCUGUAAAAUGGGGCUAACAAUAUUACCUACCUCAUAGGAUUUAAUGAUGUCAAGCUCCUCACUGGGGGCCUUAUCCCUGCUUGGAGCCCACUAGGUGCCGACCCCUCAGAAUAUAAGCCUUCUCAUACCUAGACCCCUGAGGGCGCUGAUCCCAGUUGUUGGGGAAAGAAGGAACCUCCAAAUCUGGGAGAUGCUAAAUGCCUUGGUUACUGAGAAAGUUCCAGGGCACCAAUGGGGUUUACCCGGUAAGGGAAGGGCCUAAGGAAGCCUAUAGCUUCAAUCGUGUAUGGUAACCAGGUGCCUGGGCCCCAACCCAGGACAUGAGGAAGUUGGGGAGAGGUAGCCUGGGCCACAUCCCAGCCGAAUGUGUGUGAAGUUCCCUCUGGGAACUAACCCGUGUCAGCUGCAGGGACCGUGCAGAGGCAGCAGAGUCUGCUGCCAUGAGGUCAGCCUUUGCUCAUUCACGUACACUGUCAGACCAUCACCUUGUCCUGAUUGUAUACUGCAUUCUUGUUUCUUCAAAGUUAAAUCUGUUCUAAUUACUCAAGUGACGCAUGAAUCUGUUCUCUGAGACGUUAGAUUUAUAAGUAGAGCUAGCCUUGUUUGACUACCAUUGCCCGUCCCCCUCUAAACUGCUGUUACGUUUGUUGUACAUCCAUCUAGACUGUUUUAAGACUUUGACAUAUAUGAGCUCAUUGAAAAUAUUAUUGUGUAUUUAAUACAAAUGGUAUGUUGAGUCAUUCUGCAAUUUGCUUUCUUCGUUUAACAGUGUUUUUGAGAUCUGUGCAUGUUGUUUUUGCUAAAUGUAGAUUCAAUUCAUCCUUGUAAUUGCCGUAUGGAGUGCCAUCAUAUGACUCGUAUCACAUCGUACCCGUUUCUUUUGUGAUAGCUAGUUACGACUGUUUUCUCUUUUUGCUAUUACAAAAUACGACACAGGAACAUUUGUGUGUGUGUAUGUGUGCGCGCGCGCACGUGUGUGUGCGCGCGCGUGUGUAUAUGAGUUUAUCUAGGGUUGCUUCCUAGAAGUUGAAUUGCAGUCAUAGACUAUUUAUAUUUUUGUUUUAAAUAGAUACUUCCAAAUUGCCCUCCUGUACUAUUUACUCGAUAUUUUUCUUGAGGUUGUCUUAGGUGUAACAUUGUUAUCUACUUCAGUUUCAUCCUAAGUAGUGAUAUCCGUGAAACCACGGGUUUGAUGUGCUAAUUAUGUAUUUUUCUAAUACAUAUUAAAAGGCAUAACUCAAAAUAAAUUUGUCUGUGUUCAACCAAAGAAGUCACAUACCACCAGUGGUACAUGUGCUGAAGUUUGGGAAAUGCUGGCAUAUCUGAAAGCACAAUUUGGGAGUCGCCCUGGUUCAAAUCCUAGCUGUAGAAACUUGAGCUCAUUACUUCACCUCCCUGAAUCUCAGUUUCCUCACGUAGAAAAGGACUUAAUACGUGCCGUACUUUGCAGCAAUGUAGGGAAGAUGAAGUGUGCUGGAAGCAGUUUGGCUGGCACCUAGAUCAUCACAGGCCUUUCAGGGUAGCAAUUGCUAUUCUCCCCACUUUACAGAUGAGGAAACUGAGGUCCAGGAAGGUUAAGUGACCCAGCUACCAGGUAACAGUAAGGAUUUGAACCCAGGCCCCCCCCCGAUUCAGUCUUGUGCUUUCUCCACUACAAGGGUGGUUAUCAACCUUGGCUGUGCACCAGAAUCACUUGUGAAGAUUUUUCUUUUUCCUAUUUAAAAAUCAAAGCAAUAUAUACACUGGUUAGGAAGUAAAAUAGUACAGAAGGGCUUAUAAUGCAAAGCAGCUGUUCCCUGCUGCACCCCCACAUCCAAAGGGUGUGGAGCUCCUUGCUCUGGUCCCGCCCCUGGAAAUCUAAUUCAGUAGGUGUGGAUAUUAAUCUGGAUAACUAAUUCUUACCUCACAGGGUGGAAAGGAUUAGAUGAGAUGCCUUGGACUAAAGCCCUGGCCCACAGGGACGCAAGUGCUGCAGAGGACUUAGGUCCUGGGGCUCAGAGAGAUGAGAGGCUUUGUCCUAGAUCCCAGUGGUUCAUUGGCAGAACCUAAACUUCAACCAGGAGGGAUCUCUGUGCUUGCCCAGUGCUUUCCCACUGUGCCACACUGCCUUCUGUCAGCACAAAGGAACCACGUGCUCAGUGAAGGCUGUGCUCAGGUGAGAGCUGACGCCAUAGUGUGUUUCCAGGAGCAAGCUGGAUCCAAAUAGAAUCCCUAGGGCUUGUUGGAGGACACUGGGUUGACUCCCUUAUACCCUGGACCCAGGAGCCUUGGUCUAGGGAGUUGAAGAGUGCUCCAUGACCAUGUUUACCUUUAACUGGGCACUUCAUUCUGGGAAUCACUGUUGCCCACCAGGGACACAAACAUGAGUCAAAUCUUUACCCUGCCUUUGAGGAGCUCACUAGUUAGGGGAGGCAAUUCAUAGAACAGCCGUUAACCAUGCAGUCUGAUGCCCUCUGACAGGAACAUGGAAGAGGAAGGGCCUGUAGCUUAUGUAGAGGUUCAGGGAAGGCAUCCUCUAGUCUAGGAGGUGACACCUGAGCUGAGUCUUGAGAGACUGGUAGGAAUUACCCAGUUGAAGUGGAAGGAAUUUCCAGGUAGUGGGGACAGUAUGCACAAAGACCUGAAGGCAAGAAACAGCAAAACAUUUCAGAAGUACCAAAACAAGGUUUGACAGUUCAGAUUUAUCUCAUGAGAAUUGUGGUUCCCAAACAGGCUGUGCACCAGAACCACGUGUAGCAUCCCAGGCCCCAGCCUCUAAAAAUUUGGUUUUUGUAACUGGGGUGAGGCCUCAGGAUCUUGAGUGCUUAGAAAAAUGAGCACAUGACUGUAGGGUACAGCCAGGUUUGGGAACUGUGGGAGCCAUGGGAUGGUUUUAAGCAGGGGAGACGCUGGGUCAGAUGCAAAUUUAAUAAACCUCUUUCUGGUCAGGCACUGGAAAUGGAUUAGGUUAAAUGUGCAUACUGUAUGCUCCCAUGCCUGUAGUUUCCCUGUUGGCUCAAUUUCUCACACUGUGUGUUUGCUUGUUUUGUCUCUGAAUAAGCUGAAAGCACCACAGGGAUGGGCCUGGGGUUAUCUUGCUACUGGCAUAUCCCCAGCAAAAAGCACAGUGCCUGACCCCAAACAGGCACCCAAUAAAUAGUUUUUGAGUGAAUGAAUGCGUGAAUGAAUGCAUUUGUGACGGAGAAUGGAGACAGGGAGAUCAGCUAGGAAGCUGUUGAAAAGCCCAGGAGGCCUACCCAAGGGCAAGGGCAGUGGAAUGGAUUGGAGGCAAUAAAAGUGUGAGCCAGACUUGGUGACUGAGGAUUACUGGAUGUGGAGGGUGACUGAGAGGAUAGAAUGAGUGCCCAUUAGUAGCCCAGGUUCCUACCCUAUCCCAGUCAUUCUCUUUCUUCAUCCAAGUCAGAAUCUCCUUCCAGCCUCAGCCACUGGAAUUCCUCCCUCAACUUAGUUAAACGUUCUGUGUGCUGUGUGGUCCCCACCCUCCCCUCCCUUCCUCCCAGCCAUUGAUUCAUUCUUCCAGUUCAAUAAAUCUUGGCUAAGCACCUCCUGUAUGCAGUGAGGCUCUUCCAAGCCAGGACUCUGACUCCCUCUUUCCUACCUCAAGAGAUAUUUUUGAGGGCUUCCCCAGGUAAGACUCCCAUCCCUUAGACAGUAACCUAAAGUGAGAUGCCCAGAUGUCAGACCUGUAAGGGAACUUACAGACUUUGUCCAACCCCCUCCUGAGGCCCUGGGAGGGGAAGGAACUUGCCCAAGGUCCCAUUACUAGAAAGUGUCAGAGCCAGAACUGGAACCUGAGUUCCCUUUCCCCAUCACCACUAGAGCCUUGAUCUCUCCCAUCACAGAUCAGGACAGGCAGAAGUGGCCAGGGAGAAGGUGGGACUAAGGUUGGCCUUGAAGGUCAGUGUACUGGACAGGCCAAACAAGAAGCUUGCCAAUUACACUGCCCCCUUCUGGAAACCCUCAGCAAACCUGCCAUGCCCACAGACCCUUCUAAGGGGUUUCUUAAGCACGAGUUGCCAUGCUCUGUACCAUGUGACCUCACAAUCCUGGCCACAAAUGGUUUGGGAUUGUAUGUGACUCAAGGACAGCCAAUCUCUAGGCUAUAGCCUAUUAGGUGGACGGAUAUAGGAAAUCCACCUCAUAGGGAUGGCCUGUAUCAAAUGGCCUCCAGGGAGGCUAAAUGUGAGGCAUUCGGAAGUGAACAAUUAAUUAGCAUUUAGCAAGACAGAAGUAGUGGUGGAUGAGGGGUGCCAGAAGCUGAACAGCAAAAGCAAGGAGAAAGCUGCAGGGACCAUGAAACAUUUAUAUCAUAAGAACACGGGGCCACAAGGUAGCAGAAGCCAUGAAGCAGCAAGACAACAAUGGGCCAAAAGGACACAGAAGCCAUGAAGCAAUAGGAGCCACAAUGUAGCAGGAGCCACAAGGAACAGAAACCAUGGGACAAAAACCCUGAAUGUGAGAUCCACGAAGCAGCAGAAGGCUUGAACAGACAAGAUCCACGAGGCAGCAGAAGCAAUGAGACUCUCAGAGCCACAAGGUAGCAAGGCAACAGGAAUCGAAGAGGCUGCAGGAAUGACAAAGCAAACAGAAGCUGCAACACAAGAGAAGCCCUGGAUGAACUAGAACCGAAGACCCAGAAGCCAGGAAGCUGCAGGAGCCAGGAGGCCAAGAAGCCAUGAGGCCCCCGAAGGCCAAGUGCUAGCGAGGAGGGUAGCAGGAAAAAAGAAAGAAAGGUAGUCUGAGUAGCAGUAGGAGGAGUAUAAAUACAGCCAGAAAGAAGUUGAGUCACCAUUUUGGGAAGCACUAGAGAAGGGAGCAACAGAUGCCUGCAGCUGAGGGGGUGACAAGAUAAGCCAGGCUCUAGAGCUGCUUUGGAUCAUGAACCAUUUUUGAGUUUCUGUUCCUCCAUGAGGCUGCCUGUGUAGCUGUUUUUGUCUUCCUUAUUUCCCUAUGAAUGCUUCAAUAAAUCUCCAUCACUAACCUGA